AGACCCUUAGUCAGUCCACUAGCGUCAUGGCAAGCCAACCGUUAGUUCUGACUCCCGAAGAGAUCGCCAUACGACAAGCAGAUGCUCAGGAGGCACAACUGCAGAAGGCUUUAGGGGAGAUAAAGGCAGAGAAAGAGAGAAUGAUUAGGAGAAGAGCGAGGAUGCAGGGGAGACAAGCAUACAUUAAUGAGUUAGAGGAGAUGGACCUGAUGAAUGUGGAUGAUAAUAUGAGGACCCUGAGGACAGUCUUGCUAGAUGUGGUAGAAAUGCAGGAUCACCAAAUGGCGCUCUUACAAGACAUCCAGCAGAGCCUGGCCGUGCUGGUCGGGCGAGUGCAGGUGAUACCAUCACCAUCAGGGCCCGGUGCCUGGCCCGUGGUACAACCUCCUCCUUCUGUCCCACCGGUGACUGGGGUAUCCCCAUACAUAGCUCCAGCAUCGGUACAGGCCGCUUCCCUAGCAAUGCCUUUGACAGGAGGGUUCUCAGCAGGUCGUAGUGUACAGAUUCCUGUACAGAUAGUGUAUUCCCAGCCUCCGUUGCAGGUUGCCGAGACUGGGCAGCCUGCUGUCUCGCAGCCAGCACAACAGCUGGGCACACAGCCCCAACAGCCGUUAGUGCAGCAACCUGCGCUCCAGGGUCCACAGCCCGGAGUGGGGCAGGUACCGGGACAAGGCCAGUGGGUUCCAAAGACGGCCAUCGCCUCACCCAAACCCUUUUCAGGGGACAAGAGGGGCGAAGACCUCGACACAUGGUUGAGGUUUAGUAAAUAUGCUAGAUUAGUUGCAAUGCCUACUACAGCUAAGACAAAGUACGUAAUCAAGUUGUUCAAAGAGAACUGGGUCAGAGAUAUUGGACUUCCAAAGUCUAUUGUGAGUGACAGGGAUGUCCGAUUCACCAGUGAGUUGUGGAAGACUGCAGCUGCGGAACAGGGAACACAGCUGCAGAUGACUUCUGGGAACCACUCAGAGGCAAACGGGCAAGCAGAGCAGCUGAACCGCGCUGUACAACACCUGUUGCGGCACUACAUUAAGCCCAAUCAGGUGGACUGGGAUGAGAAACUUGCUCUCAUCGCCAGCCUGUACAAUUACAUUGUGCACAGCGCCACUGAGGUGAGCCCCAACAGCCUGCUAUUGACUUUUAAACCUAGACUACCAUUAGAUUUUCUCUUACCUGAGAAUCAGCCUGCUGCUGCACCAGGCACUCUAGAAUUUGCUUAUCGAUAUGAAGACCUGAUGCAGCAAGCUGCAGAACAGAUGCACAAGGCACAGGCGGCGAUGAUAGAGUCUGAGAACAAACACCGCCGACCAUCUACAUUUCAGGUAGGGGACAGGGUCUGGGUCAAGUCCUCAGAACUGGGACAGGAGCAUGGGAUCUCCCGCAAGCUCAUGCAACAGUAUUUUGGACCAUGGGAGGUUCUCGAUGUUGUCGAGGGUGAUCCGGAUGGGCCGUCAUAUGUAAUUCGGAUUCCUGGUCACCUUCGCACUUACCCUGUCUUUCACGCCUCCAAAUUUGCACCUUUCAAGGAAAUUGACCAGUUUCCCUCUCGACGCUCAAUGCUGCCCCCAACCAUGGAUGGAGAGGUCGGCAUCGAUGACAUCGUGGACCACAGGGAAAUGCCAGUUCCAAGGCCAAAAGGCAGGGGACGUCCUCCUAAGCCGAAGCUGCAGUAUCGCGUUCGGUUCAGACAUCACACUGAUCCUAAGGGGGACAGAUGGUUUACCCAGGAGGAACUGAUGCAGACCGCUCCACAGGCUGUCGCUCACUACGAGAAGUCACUGCAGAAAGGAAAGCACCAGAUUGAGUAAUGGGAUUUCUCAUAGGACUGUCGAAGUAUAGGAGGGAAUGUGCGGCUCAAGGCCUCGAUACGC